AUGGAACCGGCCGAGUACCGGGCACUUCACGAAAGCCAGAUGGAAAACAAUAACGGUACGACGGCGUUAAAUGUGUUCAUGCACGUUGCCCCGCCAGUGUUCAGUGUCUUUCACACAGUCCAGUUGUUGGCUGUGGCCAGUGUUACUCACAUUCCACUACGAUUUCUGCUGGAGUACACCCUAAUAGUGGUUCCGUUCGUACUACUUGUGACCGUGCUUCACCCGCUGGCCCUCAACAUUACACUGACGCUACUCGUGCUCUCCAUCAUAUCGGUCGUGCAUCAGAUACGCAAUCGGCUUCACCUAACGCCGUUCGUGCAGGUUCCCGGCCGGUCACCACAGUUUCUAACCUGCGUCCGGGGCCUCAUCAACCUGGUGACGGCGGUAUGCAUACUGGCCGUCGAUUUCCGGUGCUUUCCUCGGGAGCUUGCCAAGACAGAAACCUUCGGCUACGGACUAAUGGACGUCGGUGUGGGGUUGUACGUGUUCAGCAACGGAAUCGUGUACCGGGUGCGCCCGGUGGACGAGAAACGAUUAAGCCCUGCCAGGAUACGGAGCAUUGUGGUCGGUUCCACACCGCUCCUGCUGCUCGGAUUCACCCGUUUCUUUCUGACCACCGAAAUCGACUAUCAACAGCACGUGUCCGAGUAUGGCGUCCAUUGGAACUUUUUCGUUACGCUCGCUUUCGUCAAGGUGCUCGGUACGAUCGUAAUGGAUCUGGUGCGCGAUCCAGAGCGGGUGAAGUUUGUCGCCAUCACGCUACUGUGCUGUCACGAGAUGUUUCUGCAUCUUGGCCUUUCACGGUACGUGCUUAGUUCCGACACCGGACGAAGCGGGUUCGUCAGCGCCAACCGUGAAGGAAUCGUGUCACUGCCCGGCUAUCUGUCGCUCUUUCUCGCUUCCGUCUACCUCGGUUGGGUCGUGCGGCCCUCGGAGGAAAUUGUGUUGGCGAAAAAGUUCUUGCGCCGUGCACUGAAGCUGGCGGUCAUCGCGGCCGUCUGCUGGAAAAUGCUGUACGUGUGCGAAGACAUGUUUGGCAUUUCGCGACGGCUUGCCAACAUGGGCUACUGCUUCUGGGUGCUGGCGAUCGGGGCCAGCAUUACGGCACUCUGCAUGCUGUUCGAGCUGUUCGUGUACUUUGUGCGCUUUGAGGAACCCAAGUCACCGGAUCAGAUCGUAAAGUCGGAUGAUUUCUGCAUCCCGUACGUGCCGCUCAUCCUGCAGUCGAUCAACGCGAACGGCUUGUUCUUCUUUUUGCUGGCCAAUCUACUCACCGGGCUGGUGAACAUCGUUUUCCAAACGUUCCUCCUCGGGACGGGCGCCGCUCUCGUUAUCGUGGGUUACUACACGUUCAUGGUGUGCGUUACGGUUGCAUUCCUUUACGUUAACAAUGUGAAGCUUAAAAUUUGGUAG